GAGAGUGCUGUUUGUAAACAAAACAGUUCUCCUCCCAAUCAGCUCAUGCACACUGAUUUGGAUGGCUGUGCAUAGAGCAGCCAUACAAAGCAGUGUGCUUACAGUGAAGCACACGGACACAGCAGGCUGUCUAACACUGGCACACAGCACACAGUUAACCCUUUAAUCUCCCCUCAUGUUAACCCCUUCCUACCCAGUGCCAUUAGCAUAAUGCCAGUGUUUUUUUUUUUUUUAGCACUGAUCACUAUAUUGGUGUCACUGGGGAUGUCAGUGACACCAAGUCAGUUCCCCCCAAUGUCAGAAUGCCUGCUGCAGUCCCACUAUAAGUCACUGAUCACCGCCAUUACUAGUAAAAAU